UAACAUGGUUACAGAAAGUAUUUACGUUUGAGUGAAAUAUUUAUUAUUUUUAUUUAUAUUAUUGAUACGGGAUGUGUCCAACUUUUCAAUAUUUUUAUAGAGGUUGAAAAGUGUAAAAGACAUUGAAUGAACUAAACUUAACCUUAAACUUUUUCGGUCAAAAAUGAAUGUUGAGGAAAUUGACAGUAAUUACAAUGAUGAGGUUAUUAAGUCCAUAUUUAAAACAUUAAGAUCGCACAAUGAAAUUGAAAAAAAAAAGGCAAUGGAAAGCAAUAAAUACCAACAUCCUGAAACCAUCAAGCAGAGUUUAGGUGACACUCUUGGAGGUAUAGUUAUCAACUUGAUCCCUAAAGAUGAAUUGAAAUGGUGGAUGGAAAACGAAAAAAUACCCCUACAUUUUGAGUUGACGCCGAAAAAUAUGCUAUCUGGGAACAUAAAACUAACACCAGUGAAUAAUGAUGAGGACACUACGACGUUAUAUUUAAAAAUUAUAAUGCUCGUCGGUGAUCGUGUCAAGAAGCAAGCUGAAAUUAAACUGAAUGAAGAACUUAAUGAAGUACUUAAAAAAAAAAGUUGAAGAGUUGAUACAAGAAAAAAAUAAGACUUUAGACGAUAAGAUUAGACCUGAGGAAAGAUUGAGAUACGAAAAAAGCUUAUGUACAGUGAUGGAACAAUUCGAUAAUUGCAAAAUCGCCAAAGCCAAACAGGGCAUUAAAAUGAACAUAAUGAACAAAUGCAAUGAAGAAAUAGAAAAUUAUUCGAAUAGGAUUGCACGCAGUUUGAAAAAUAUUUUAAAGAUGUCCGCAGAAAAACAGGAGAAAGAGAUGAGAAAUGAAUUUAAUUACCAAAUGCAACUGGCUCGAAGUGAACUAUUCGAAGAAUACAUGGAAGAGAAAUGUGAAUGUGAAAUUUUCUGGGAAAAAGAACUGAGAACGGUAAAAGAAAAAAAUGAUAGAGAAAUCAAAUUUUUGAAGGUAUCAAUGGAGGCGGAGCAUUUACAAAACCUAAUUGAACUAGAAAACUGGUAUCAAAUACAAAAACGAAAAAAAAUGUUAGCACAAUUAAACACAAAUGUAACUAAUAAAUCUAAAAAAAAAAGAAAAU